AUGGUGACUCAUUUCGGAGAGCUCAAACAGCACAGACUAUACGUUCUUCACUGGUAUCGAUAUACCUUGCGUAACACCACUAAAUAUGUCGAGUCAGAGCAUCUCAAGCUGCGUUUAAGAACAAUCGUGAAAUCCCAACUCUUUAAACACCGCACCGAUAAGUCAAGCUGGAGCGCUUACAUUUCAUUGCAGAAAUUGAGAGAGCUCAAUAAAUGUCUGACGAAACGUAAGACGAUAAAAGCCUGGAAUUUGCUCACAGAAGUAUCAGAAAAGUCUCAAAACCGCAGAACAUCAAUGCAAUCUGUCAGCAAUGUGCCAAACGCACCCGUUAGGCCAGUUUUAGCAAAGGAAUCAACCAUCUUAAAUCAUUUUAUCGCUGGCAAACAGGCAAAAGGUCUCUUGCCGAAAGUUAUCCCACAACAAUACAAGACACAACUUCUGCUACCUUUGGCGUUGCAUGACAUGGCCCUGGCAAGAUUGCACCGGGAAGAAUUGAAAUUAGCCAGGGGACCUCCUAAAACAUAUCUCAAUUAUACGAAUGCGGGUCGUUCAAGAAUCUGGUUUGUUAGGUCAGCACUCAACAAAAGUUCCCGUCAAUCCAAAAGUUUGGGUAUAAUGAUAAGGAAGGAGAAAAAAUGGGCUCAAGGAGUUCUUGAUGCCCGGAAAAGAUGCGAAGAAGACUGCGUUUGGGCCUGGCAAGAGGCUCUCUGGGAGGAAUUACUUGAUUCGGGACGGUUAGUGCAAGGAAACCCUAUUGAGUACGUCUUUGAGAAUAAUUCCAAUUUUGGGAAAUUUGGACCUUUAAAAAAUGUCACAGACUGGUUGAACCCCAUAAGGGACUGCGUUCGUGGUCUUGAACUCGAGGCCCAGCACCAUGCUCUUAGAUUCAAGAAAUUUAAAGACGACGUUCUAGGACGAAAAAGUUGGCAAUAUUUCCAGACCAAAAGCGACGAAUUAUACGCAAGACGCUUGAGUCGUUACAGGGCGAUGGCCAGGAGGGAUCUCAGCAAAGUUACACCAUUUGUCGCUCGACGUAGUCUGCCGUCAAUUCUCGACAAGUACCACUUUUAG